AUGGCAUCUAUGUUUCUAAAGGGUAGUGAGGAGGAGGAAGAAGAAGAAGAGGAAGAAGAGGAAGAGGAAGAAGAGGAAGAAGAAGAAGGAUGGAUAUCAUGGUUCUGUUCUCUUGAAGGACAUGAAUGUUUUGCAGAAGUUGAUGAAGAAUAUAUAAGAGAUACAUUUAAUCUUUUUGGAUUAAAAUCUUCUGUUAAUAAUUUUGAAUCAGCUAUGGAUAUGAUAUUAGGCGAUGCACCUAAUGACGAUGAACUUCGUGAUCCAGCUUUUAUGGAUCUAUGUCAUGAUGCUAUUGAUCUUUAUGGUCUUAUUCAUGCACGAUUUAUUAUUUCCCCUCGCGGGCUUCCUCAGAUGCGAGAUCGUUAUAUAGAUGAAGUAUUUGGGCACUGCCCUCGCGUUCUUUGCGAUAGACAACUUCUUCUUCCUAUUGGUUUAUCUCCUGAUCUACGUGUACAUAAAAUGCAGCUUUACUGCCCUUUCUGCCAAGAAGUAUACGAUAUGACAUAUGCUCAUGAAAGAACAGAAAACAUCGAUGGCGCAUAUUUUGGUCCUUCUUUCCCCCAUAUCUUCUUGCAGACUUACUCCAACUUGGUGCCGGUAGUCCCUCCCAUUCCUUAUCAGCCUCGCCUAUUUGGCUUCCGCAUUCACAACAGACACUCCAUUAUUAAAAUCAAGAGAGAGAAUGGGGAAUACGGCAGCAGCUACAUGUCAAGCAGGAAGCGUGCCACACCAGCUCUCGCUGGCGGUGACGCAGGCUCUCGCGUAGAGGAAGAAGAGGAGAAAGCAGCGGCAUGA